UCAGAAAUGGGAAACCACACAGGCAUAACAUUAUUCAUUCUUCGGGGACUGACAGAUAAUCCACAGAUGCGGGUUCUGCUUUUAAUUUUUCUGUUUUUGACCUAUAUUCUGAGUGUAACUGGAAACUUGACCAUCAUCACCCUCACUCUGGUGAAUCCCCACCUUAAAACCCCCAUGUACUUUUUCCUCAGAAACUUUUCCUUUUUAAAAUUGUCAUUCACAACUGUCUGUAUUCCCAGAUUCCUGUACAACAUGUUAACUGGGGAUGAUACUAUGACCUAUAAUGCAUGUUUUACUCAAUUAUUUUUUGUAAUCCUUUCUGGCAUCUCAGAAUUUUUUCUCUUGGCAGCAAUGUCUUAUGACCGCUAUGUGGCUAUCUGCAAACCUCUGCACUAUGAAGCCAUCAUAAACAACAGAGUUUGUAACCAACUCCUCUUGGGCUGUUGGGUAUCUGGGUUGAUGAUCCUGCUUCCACCAUUUGGUGUAGGUCUUCAGCUAGAAUUCUGUGACUCCAACAUCAUUGACCAUUUUCUCUGUGAUGUCACACCAUUGCUGGAGAUCGCAUGUUCUGAUAUACAACUCCUAGAAAGCAUGAUUUUAGCCCUUGCUGUGUUCAUCCUCAUUAUCUCUUUAGUAUUAGUGGUUCUAUCUUAUGCAUAUAUUGUCAGGACUAUUCUGAGAUUCCCCUCAGCUGAGCAAAGAAAAAAAGCCUUUUCUACUUGUUCUUCUCACAUGAUUGUUGUCUCCAUGACCUAUGGAAGCUGCAUUUUCAUCUACAUCAAACCUUCUGUAAAAGAAGGGGUGGCUUUGAAUAAGAUAGUGUCAUUACUUGCAACCUCAGUGGCACCGGUAAUGAACCCAUUUAUUUAUACCCUGAGGAAUAAACAAGUAAUUCAAGCAUUUAGAGAUACAUUGAAAAAGAUUGCAUUGAUUUCCAAGCUGUGA